AUGGCAAGCAGUGGAAGGAAAUCACUAAAGAAAAAACUGGAGGAGAUAAUCCACUACAGCACUGUGGGUUUUGUUCUGUCUGUGACCUACGAGUUAUGGAUCUUGAAGCAGGCUGGCAUCAACGUGAUCGAGAUAGGUUGUGGGAUGGGGACGUUCAUUUCACGUCUGGCCCAGCGUUUUCCCGCCAGUACAUUUACAGGGUCGGACUACUCCACCUUUUGUUUGGAAAAAGGGAAAGAAGCGAUAUCAGCCAUGAACCUAGAAAAUGUAACCAUGAUACAACUUGAUGUUUUUAAAAUCCCAGAAGACAUGAAUGGGAAAUACGAUAUCGCUUUCACUAAAGACGUCAUUCACUGUCUCCCUGACCCAACCCUGGGUCUGACCAAUAUCCGGAAACUGCUCCGAUCCGGAAGUUAUUACGUCAUGACUGAAAUGGGCCCGGAAGAUGACGUCAUGUUGAACAAAGAUACACCUGGAAUGGACGCCCUCUACUGCAUCAGCGCCUUCCACUGUGUCCCCCAGACCUACCUAGACGACACGCCAGUCACCCACGGCAUACUGUGGGGGAAGGAUACAGCCAUUCGUUAUGCUAAAAAAAUCUGGUUUCAGACUUUUUGGUUAUUAUCCUCAUUCUAA